GGAAACUUCUGUAGGCGCAAGGCCGGAGCUCUGCGCAGGGUCGGGGAACGAAAGGAAACUGUAAAAUAUCUGUGGACUAGAUCUGAAUCGGGAGCCCAGAUGAACUUAAAAGAAGCUAGCCUGGGAUUUUUAGUGUUUCAAGAUCUAAUCACUCCAACCCCAGGGUCCAGGCUGUCUCCGGUUUUAUAAGGACGUAGGGAAACUCUGAUGAUGGAAAAACAAAGGACUUAACUACUCGCUUCCGUAUCAUCUAAUGUCAGCUGAAGAGUGAACCAGACAGAAGGACAGCCAUGGAGAGAAACUCAAGUCUGUGGACGAACCUGAUAGAUGAGCACCCAGUCUGCAUCACCUGGAAACAGGAGGCCGAAGGAGCCAUUUAUCAUCUUGCCAGUAUUUUAUUCGUCGUAGGUUUCAUGGGCGGCAGUGGAUUCUUCGGGCUCCUUUACGUCUUCAGUUUGCUGGGCUUGGGUUUUCUCUGCUCUGCCGUCUGGGCUUGGGUCGAUGUCUGUGCGGCCGACAUAUAUUCCUGGAAUUUCGUCCUGUUCGUCAUCUGUUUCAUGCAGUUCGUUCACAUUGCGUAUCAAGUGCGCAGCAUAACUUUUUCCCGAGAAUUCCAGCUGUUGUACAGCUCCCUUUUCCAGCCUCUGGGGACCUCGUUGCCCGUCUUCAGAACAAUCGCUCUGAGCUCUGAAGUGGUGACUUUGGAAAAGGAACACUGUUACGCCAUGCAGGGAAAAACCUCCAUUGAUAAACUGUCCCUGCUUGUUUCGGGAAGGAUCAGAGUGACCGUUGAUGGCGAAUUUCUGCAUUACAUUUUCCCCUUCCAGUUCCUGGAUUCGCCUGAAUGGGACUCACUGAGACCCACAGAAGAAGGCAUCUUUCAGGUAACCCUCACAGCAGAAACUGAUUGUCGAUAUGUGUCUUGGAGGAGAAAGAAAUUGUAUUUGCUCUUCGCUCAGCAUCGUUACAUCUCUCGCCUGUUUUCAGUUUUAAUUGGCAGUGACAUUGCAGAUAAACUCUAUGCCUUGAAUGACAGAGUAUAUACAGGAAAAACAUACCACUACGAUAUUCGGUUACCCAACUUCUAUCAAAUGUCAAGUCCAAAAAUACGCAAAUCACCCCUGACAGAACAUUUCCGGAAUUCCAAACGGGGUUGUGACAAGUGAUAUCAGAGUCGGAAGUUUUAUAAUCAUAGAAAAGACCCUCUUCGUCAUUCCCCAAAUGAAAUACAGAAAAUUGCACUCACUAUUAUUUUUAUAAAUGAAACUCAGAGACAAGAUGCCACUGCCAGCUGUUUGACUCAUCUCAGCUUCUGCAUUGUGAAUAAAGUUUACAAAUUUCUCUGUA